AUGCAGAUUACUGAAUUGAAGCGAAAUGCUGAAGAGCAUAAGAAUGAAUUGCGUCGUCUUGACGAUGAUAUAAAAAGGUUGAAGGGUGAGAUUGAACGACUCGAACAAGAACUCGAUGCCUUACGUAAUGAACAAGAACGAGUGGAAGACCAACGGCGUCAACAGCAACAGGAACACGAUCGUUUGGUGGAACAGUUACGUACACAUAUGGAACGACUGGAACAGAUGCAAGAGAAAAUGCGAGAAUUGGAAGAGCAAAAGAUUCAUCUAGAAGAAAAGCGUGAUCAACUCGAACAGCAACGACAACAAAUCGAACAAAAAAUGCAAGAGCUUGCACAACAAAUUCAACAAUUGGAGCAUCAGAUACAAGAACUUCAAAUGCGUUUGGCUCAAUUGCAGCAAGAGAUUCGUCGGUUGGAACUCGAGAUUGAGCGACUACAAGAUGACUUGCGUCAGCUCGGUCAACAAUUGGCAACAUUUGAAGAACAACGUGUCGACAUCGAGCAGAAAAUACGCGACAGUGAAGCAAACCGGAAUCGUCUUCAGGAAGAAGCAAACAAGAUCGAAGAUAUGAUGCGUCGUAUUGAUCAAUUGAUCGACAUGAAACGAAAUCGUCAAAAAGAAAUGGAAGAACUAACACGCAAACUACAAGCUGAGGCAAACGAAGCCAAACAACGAGUCAAUCAAGCAAAAGAUCAGCUUCGGGCUGCCGAGGCACGAAUUCAAUCGUAUCGAGGCAUUCUCGAACGUCUUCGAAACGAACAGAGCAAACUGCAGCAGACACUCAGCGAAGUCCAGAAACGAGAUCAAUGUGCUGUACAAUUGGAACAUGAGAAGCAAAAGCAGCAACAACUUGAAACAGAAUUGCAUACAAACGAGCAAAAAGAACGCCAAGCGGAACAGGACGUCAGACAACAAGAGCAACGAGUACGCGCAGCUGAACAGACACUACGUGACUGCGAAACUCGAGAAGCAGCAGCUCGACAAGCUGAGCAACAAGCUCAGGCUGAUAAAGUACAAGCCGAAGCUAAUCUGGCUCAGACCGAGGCAGCCUUGUCUCAGGCUGAAGCUGCACUUGCUGCUUUGUCGGGUGAAGAUGUAGAUCCCAGUGCACUCCAAGCCGCUCAGGCUCAUGUCGCACAAUGUCAAGCUCAAGUCCAACAAUGUCAAACGGUUGUUACACAACGAACUCAAAUAUAUCAACUAAGACAACAGGAACAUACUCGUGCACGAGAAAAAACGGCUCAAAGUCGAGCACAGCUUCAACAAAUCCAAGCUGAUUUGCAAGUGAAACAAACAAAACUGGCCAGUCAAAAACAAAAGGUGCAAGAUAGUCGGGCCAAAGUCGAGCAACAGAAGACGGUAGUGGCUCAAGUCCAGGAGACACUGAAUCAACUGCGAACUGAUUGUCAAAAAGCCGAUCAGCAAGUGAAAAGUAAAGGUCAAGAGAUUCGCAAGACACAAUCUGACCUCGAAAAACAAACGCAAAUCAUUCAAAACAUUAAAAGUGCUGUUCAUCAAGUCCAACAAGAGAUUCACACGAUUACACAGCGACUUCGAGAGACCGAUGCAGAAAUCUAUCAAUUAAAGCGUCAGGCUAAUGAUAUCGAUCAGAAAUAUGCAGCUAAAUUGGCAGAAAAUGCACGACUUAUGCAGCAGCAACGUCACAACGCUGCUGAGCAACAGAAAGAAGAACAUAAUAUUCAACAACAACUAUCGAUUAUUCAAGCGAAAAAUGGUGAAGUACAUCGAGCUGAAGGUCAAUUGGAAAAUGCCAAUGCUAACAUCGCUCAUAUGGGCAGAUCGAUUCAAGAGUUGGAGAAUGAAAAAGUCGAGCAACAACGAAAUCUCCGCACAGCACAGCAACAACAUCAAAAGGCCGAAGCUGAUCGAGCAAAAAUAGAAGUUAAACUGGCCGGUCACGAACGCGAGAAACAACAAUGCGACAAUGAUAUACGUCGUCUCACACGUGAUCUUGAUCAACGAAGACAGAAUCUUGACGAGAAACGACAAUCGAUGAGUGCUCUACAAACGCAACUCGAACUUAAACAAUGGGAAAUUUCAUCCCGACAAGAACAACGAAAGCAAUAUGAACAACAAAUGACGACGAUUCAACGAGCUUUGGCUGAUAAUCGACGUGAGAUAGCCAAUAUCGACGCAAGGAUGCGUACGCUCGAACGAGAUACACAAAAGCAGGCGGCACUCAAGCAGGAAAGUGAACGCCUCGUACAACAAAGUGCUAAUGAUUUGCGCGCUACUGAACGAGAUUUGGAACGAUUGAAUAGAACCAUCAAGGAGAAGCAACGCGCUUAUGAUGGAACGAAAAAGAAUUCUCAAGAUUUAGUCUACAAAGCAGAGUAUCGUCGUGCACUGCAGAGCACGAAUGAUCAAGAGUUGUCUAAGAUGCAACAACGAGUCAAUCAGCAACGAGCCCAUAUCAAUAAUAUCACAAGAAAUCUUUUUGAGAUCAACAAAGAUAUGAAGACAAAACGAACCCACUCUUCUGUGAUAUCAUUUGGGUAUGAGCAUUUCAACCAGAAUGAAAGUAAAGAAGACGACGAGAUGGAUCAUAGACAAAGAGUCCAUGAACAAACGGUUACUCUGCGCCACUGAGUUAAUCCUAUUAACUAUGAAUUAUCAUAGAAACAAACAUUAUCUGUUGGUGUUCAGAACAAAUAAUGAUGCGCGAUUGGACGUUGUUAAACUGACUUUUGUCAGUAGCUUGUUUCACCUUCUAGUAUAUUCUAUUCUUUCCACUACUAACUAUCUCUAGUAUUCAAUUUGAGAAUACAUGAAAUCGAUCGAGCAAGCCUAUGUCAUUGGUCUCAAUCUCAAUAGAAGAGUGCCUUUUUUCUAAUACAAACAAGUAGUUGGUUGAGAAAAUGAUUCCUGAGUUCACCAGCCUGUGAUAAUCAUGUGCAUGAUACUAGUUGUUUCAUAAGGGCACUAUUGCUCCUCAUCUGAAAAUGAGUCAACAAGAGAGCUCCACGGGACAUAAUGCGAUAAUCUUUCAGUUGUUCGGUCUGGAUGUGGGUGUGGGUGGGGUGUGGAUGAGUGUGGGUGUGGGUGUGGGUGGGGUGUGGAUGAGUGUGGGUGUGAGUGUGGGUGGGUGUGGCUGUGGGUGUGGACGUGAGUGAAUGAGGGUGUCUGUUAAUGGAACACCCAUAAUCCGCACCCACCCACACCCCACCCCACCCCCACGCACACCUACACCCACACCCAUACCCACACCCACAUCCCACACCCACACCCACACCGACACCCACCCACACCGACACCUACCCACACCCACACUUACAUCCACACCCACACCCACACCCACACCCACCCACACCCACACCCUUAUUAAGUACUGCAUUGAUCAAUUGAUGAUCCAUAUAUUUAUUGAUUAU